UCCUGCGUCGUGCCGGCUUCAUUGAAUUGUCAAAAUGGCGACGCUCGUAGUUGGAGACGUGAGUUAGUUCAUAUCAUUCACUGCCAAUUAUUUACUUACUGGGCAGCAAACGCAACACUAGCCACCACAGCAUGGCGACCUUGGAUCAGAAAUCACCCAAUGUGCUUCUCCAGAGCCUCUGCUGCAGGAUCACGGGGAAAAGCGAAGCUGAAGUUGCCCACCAGUUCCAGUAUGCAGUGCGAGUCAUUGGCAGUAACUAUGCCCCAACUAUUGAGCGGGAUGAGUUCCUGGUGUCUGAGAAGAUCAAGAAAGAAUUGCUGAAGCAGAGGAGAGAAGCAGACGCUGCGCUGUUCUCAGAGCUGCAUAGAAAACUUCAGACACUGAGUGUUCUGAAGCAUCGCUGGUCCGUCCUCUACCUGCUGCUCAGCCUCUCUGAAGACCCCCGCAAACCGUCCGGCAGGGUUGGAAAUUAUGGCGCUCUCUUUGCCCAGGCCCUCCCCAGGGACGCCCACUCCACCCCGUUCUACUGCACCCGGCCCCAGAGCCUGGCCCUGGGCUACGGGGAGAGGAGCGCCGGUCUGUCAGCCAGCGUGGGGACCAGCGGCAUCUCCAGCCUGGGGGUCUACACACUCAACGGGCCCACGGCAACGCCACAGUCACUGCUGGCCAGUCAACUCCCUCAGUCUGCAGCAGGAGGUGUUCCGCCUCUGGGCUCCCGGCUGGCCUGGGCUCUUCCCGUGAGCUGCUCCCCCUCCUCCGCUCUGGCCCCGCUCGCCACUCGACCGCUCCUCGGACCCCCGGUUCCGUCCUCCAGAGCGGUGCGUCCUCGCCGAGACGGGGAGGUGAGCGAGGCGGCGCUGGUGCGGGACAUCCUCUACGUCUUCCAGGGAAUCGAUGGCAAGUUCAUCAAGAUGAGCGGCCAGGAAAACUGCUACAAGAUAGACGGCAAGGUGGUGCUGUGCAAGUCCCUGAGAGACAUCAGCAGCAGACUGGCGGAGCUCGGCUGGCUCCACAACAAAGUCAGGAAGUACACCGACGCCAGGAGCCUGGACCGGGCCUUCGGACUGGUCGGACAGAGCUUCUGUGCCUCGCUCCACCAGGAGCUGAAGGAGUACUACAGGCUGCUGUCCGUCCUCCACUCCCAGUUGCAGGUGGAGGACGAGCAGGGUGUGAUCGUGUGCACAGACAGCAGUCUGACUCUCAGAAGGCUUCUGGUCUGGAUGUACGACCCCAAAGUCCGACUCAAAACGUUGGCCGCCCUUGUCGACUUCUGCCAAGGUCGGAAAGGAGGCGAGCUGGCCUCCGCCGUCCAUUCUUACGGGAAAACAGGAGACCCGCAGAUGAGAGCGCUGGUUCAACACAUCCUCAGCCUGGUGUCGCACCCCAUCCUCAACUUCCUGUACCGGUGGAUCUACGACGGAGAGCUAGAAGACACCUACCACGAGUUCUUUGUAGCAUCAGAUCCCAACGUGAAAGCGGAUCGCCUGUGGCACGACAAGUACUCCCUCAGGAAGUCAAUGAUCCCCUCGUUCAUCACCAUGGACCAGGCCCGCAAGGUUCUGCUCAUCGGUAAAUCCAUCAACUUCCUGCAUCAGGUUUGUCACGACAGAACACCGCCGAGCAAAAUCACGCCAGCAUCCACGUCUGCGGACACGCCCAAAGAUGCUGCAGAGCUGCUGUCCGACCUGGAGGGGGCGUUUCAGGAGAAGAUCGACGCCGCCUACUUCGACACCAGCAAAUACCUGCUGGACGUUCUGAACCGUAACUACCUGCUGCUGGAGCACCUGCAGGCCAUGAGGAGAUACCUGCUGCUGGGCCAGGGAGACUUCAUCAGACACCUCAUGGACCUGCUCAAACCAGAGUUGGUUCGUCCUGCCACCACUCUGUAUCAACACAACCUGACUGGCAUCCUGGAGACGGCAGUCAGAGCCACAAACGCCCAGUACGACAACGCAGAGAUCCUCAAGAGGCUGGAUGUACGCCUGCUAGAGGUGUCUCCUGGUGAUACAGGCUGGGAUGUUUUCAGUCUGGACUACCACGUUGAUGGACCCAUUGCCACGGUGUUUACAAGGGAGUGUAUGGGCCACUACCUGCGUGUCUUCAAUUUCCUGUGGAGGGCCAAGAGGAUGGAGUACACACUGACUGACAUCUGGAAGGGACAGAUGUGUAAUGCCAAGCUGCUCAAAACCAUGCCCGAGUUGUCCGGCGUGCUGCAUCAGUGUCACAUCCUGGCCUCCGAGAUGGUCCACUUCAUCCACCAAAUGCAGUACUACAUCACCUUCGAGGUGCUGGAGUGCUCCUGGGACGAGCUGUGGAACAGAGUGCAGCAGGCUCAGGACCUCGACCACAUCAUCGCCGCCCACGACAUCUUCCUUGACAGCGUCAUCUCGAGAUGCCUGCUGGACAACAACAGCAGGUCUCUUUUGAACCAGCUGAGGGCCAUAUUUGACCAGAUCAUCGAGUUUCAGAGCGCCCAGGACUCCCUCUACCGCUCGGCACUGGAGGAGCUCGCCCUCCGGCUGCAGUUUGAGGAGAAGAAGCACCAGCGGGAGGAGGAGGGUCAGUGGGGAGUGACGGCCGAACAGGAAGCGGAGGAGAAGAAGAGGAUUCAGGAGUUCCAGGAAACCAUACCAAAGAUGCGCUCCCAGUUCCGCAUCCUCACUCACUUCUACCAGAGCAUCGUCCAGCAGUUCCUGGUGUUGCUGAUGACCAGUACGGAUGAGAGUCUGCGUUUCCUCAGCUUCAGACUGGACUUCAAUGAGCACUACAGGGCCAGAGAGCCGAGGCUGCGAGCCUCACUCGGCACCAACAGAGGGCGACGAGCGUCAAAUAUGUGACGUGGCGAUUGUAUCAGCGAGCGAGGCUUUCAGCCAUCGGAGCAUUGGGGAUGACAUCACAGUGGGACGUCGUGACAUCACAGAGACGGGGGCCGGCCAGCGGACUUAUAAGCGCUUUAUGUCGAGAUGAUGUCAUGCCUUGGAGGAGCGACCCAGCGCCGUUCUGAACGCUCUGGUGUCGCAGCGGCGGUCGCCAAGUGAUGACAUCACAGCGGACAGAUCCCUACGUGGGAUCACAAAAAGGAAUAAAGUCCAGAAAAUUUAACAUUCGGAGCUUGUCGUGAUGUAAACAGACUGCUGGUAAAUUCUGAAAAAACGUGAGGUCAAUUUGGGGAAAGAGUGCGAGGAGGUAAACAGAAUCAGCUGUCAGAACGAGCUUCCCGAGUCACACAGGGCCACGUUACAUGGCAUGCCUUAUUAAUGAGAAAAAAAACCAACAAAACGUUUGUCUCAGCGUGGUUGCCAAAUCCAAUCCCAACACACAUAAUGUAUGUACAUAGAGUUUAUGCAAAAAAUGUAUGUGUGUGUGUACAUAAUAGUCAUCUUUCCACAUCACCUGUGGCUUUGCAUCUUCUCACUAGGGUUCAACCGAUAUGGGAUAUUUUUUCAAUUUUUUGUAUUCGUAGCCGUUAUUAAAAUUAUUAAAUUUGAGCACUUUUUAGUACAAUUAUUCCUCAAGAAGCAGCGUUUCUGCUGGGGGAUUCGUUCUCUGUGAAAACGAACAGCAUUCACAGUAUGCAGCUCUGAAACUGUACAGAGUCUUCAGCAUAUUGAGUAUUUGUGGUCAGUAUUGGCACACCAGUAUAUAUCGGUCUAACCCUAGAAAUCCACACUCUUUAAAAUCCAGGUGUUUUGUUUUUUUUAAGCGUGUCAGGUCGGCUGUCCGUUCACAAUCACACAGAUGAUUUUGAAAAACGCUGACUAUUCUGCUUCCGUUGACAUGAAGACAAACCCUGGCUCAUACAGACAUACAGCUUGUUAUUCAGAGAUCGGAUUGUAUUUAAAUGUGGUUUUCCUGCUCAGUAUGCUUCUAUGUCUGUAUGAGAGAUGGAUCAUGUCGGAGAAACAAUCCUCACAACAACCACAACAACCUCACUCACUCUCAUUACAUAAACAAUAGGAACUAUAUAAAUGUUAACGUUUCUUUAAAAUGUGUAAAUAUCCUUUAAAUGAAAAGUCCAUAUUUAAAGAAAUGAAUGUUAUAAAUGUCAACUUGGGCAGUUUAUUUUCUGAAAACAAGUAUAUUCUGACAUUUAGAGAAGAAAGAGAGUGUUGUUAGAAGUGUUCAUAUGUGAGGUUUGCUCCAUGUGCAUAUUGAGAUGGAGAUGCUGAUGUUAUCUGUGGUUCAGUAUAUAAUUGGAUCAGCUCCCCAAACUGAUCACUUUUUUAUUAAUUGGACAUAAUAUUUGCUGGUAGUAAACAGUUGGACGCUUUUUGCUGUUAAACAAAAAAAAAAAAGGCCCAAAAUGUUUGAGAUAUAAAAGUCAAGUAGCAUUUUAAUCACCCAGUUAUACAAUCAUAUGAACAGCUGUGAGCAUUGAUCUCACCUUUUUGUAGGAGCUCUGAUCCUGGAUCAGGGAGGACACGUUUUCUAAAAGCAAAAAAAUUGAAAUCACACGUGCAUUUAAACGAACCGAUGCUGCAUAUGGUCACCGGACCAGAUGGCUGGUCUCUGAUGAUGAAUUUCCUUCAUAAAUACGAAUUGGAGUGAAGUGAAACACCAAACUGAACCUGGGUCAGCACUCCUGCACCAUAUGUCCUCUACGUUGUAUAGCACAUAAUGUAUAGAAUAUAGGGAAACAUCUGGUU